AUGCAGCGGCAUCCUGCCUCAGUGGACAUCUUCUCCGCCUCCAUCUACACUUAUACCGGCAGCCCUCGUCCAUCCACGCGCGAAGGCUUCGAUGCGCCUCCGCCCCUGACUCAGUCCCAAUCCUCCAGCGCUGUACCUACCCUCUCAUCAUCGUCCACCACCACCACCUCGUCGUCGACCACCGUCACGACCAAGGAGAGCGGACUUUCGGCCAAAGAUCGCAAGUCAUCUUUCUCCCGCAAAGCCGCUGCGCCCUUUUCUGGCUCGCGCCGUAGGGGCUCCUCCGCCGGCGGCACCACCACCUCGAAUGCUUUUGUUACCGAUGCCGCCGCCCCUCCCGCACUGCCAGACUACGCUCUCGCAGCCGCCGCCAAGGUCAUUACCCGCGAUCGCGACCACGACUACCACAUCACCAGCCCGACCAGCCCCGACAACUCCGUCAAGAUGCUGAGUCGCAGCACCACAACCUCCUCGACCGCUGCCCAGAUGACGCCGCCGUUCCCGCCUCCCACGCCAUCGAGUUCCGGGAAUGGCGGAGCAUUCUGGCAGCCGAGCGACUCGAGUGUCCUCUUCCAGCAGAUCACUGAUCUGGCUCACAAGCGCAUCACCACAUUGGACUAUCUGCGCAAAGCACACGAAGGCCGCGUUUACUGGUUCAACACAUACCUCUUCGACAAGUCAGACUUGAAUCGAAUGCCAUGCUUCGAUAACCGCAAACUAGCCCGCAAAGCCACCAACUACCUCCUCCUCGGUAUAUCCCUCCCCGUCGUCGUCGACCUCAACUCGAGCACCCCCAUCGAGCUCCUCCGCAGCCUAAGCACAUUGUUGUCCGAGUUCGACUCCUUCCAGCAGCUCCGCAGCGAGUCCUCGACCGCGGCCAUCACGCGCGCGCGCCUCCCCAACAUGUUCCGACGCCCCGGUGGCAAGUCUCGCCGCUCCACCUCGGCCACAGACACCCUCGAGGACGCCUUCUCCGCCGCUGGCAGCGUCAAUUCUGCCGGCGCAAACGACGGGGGGAUGGCCUCGAGCGCGCCGUCGGUCAUCAACUUUGCCGCCUCAGAGUCCGACCUCCUCCCCGGCGAGGAGUACGUGCACCUGCUCACGCCCUCGCUCCCAUUUGAGCCCGACUACUUCGAGACGUUUGCCACGCUCUGCGAUACACUCAUCGACUGCUACUCGCGUCUUCUUGCGCUGAUACCCACUGCCCGAGAAUGCUCUGCCGCCGUGGCCGAGCUCUUCACCAAGGCGGAUGCCCGGGUCAGGAAGAUCAUCGUCCAGGGCAUCAUUAAGGAGUUUGAGGAUAGCAGCAGGGCCAAUGUGCGGGCAGAAGUGGGUAACGUGGGCAAGGUCGUCCUCAGCGGCCUGAUGGGUUAA